ACGUCAUUUCGCCGUUUUACACACAUCCAGAUCAAUGAGACAGAGAGACAGGAGGAGGGGGGGAGAGAGAGAGACUUGCUCUUCCAGGAAGGGAUUAUUAACCAGCACGCUGCCGACCUAUGAAGGGAAAACACACGCAGACAAAAGAAGUUUUCACACCGACAGCCGCGCUAUGGAGCCGGCCAGCAGAUAAAACACAGAAAGCAGGCUGAAUGCAAGAAAAACAACUUCUCCCACAACAAGAAGCCGAGCAGUCGGACUGCUUUCCUGCUCCUGCUGCUGCUGUGUGUGUUUGUGUAGGGAAGGGAAGGAGAUAAAGAGGAGGACACAACGGAAAAGUGGAAGGAGAAGGAGAGAAGUUGACGGGAGAUAAUGUCUGAAUCCUCCUCCGCUGCGAACAAGCAGGAGAGGAGCUCUUUCAGUCCUUCCGCGAACCCGCUGCCAAACUCCACUUCCUCCCCCGUCCAUGCUCCCGCCGCGAGGCCAGCCAGCCGAAUGGAGGACGAGCCUGCCAGGCUGCCUGCGCACCUGCGUUUGCAGCCAGUGUUUUGGAGCAGGGAGGACGUGGCCCAGUGGCUGCGAUGGGCCGAGAAGGAGUUUGCCCUGCGGCCGAUCACCAGCGGCUCUUUCCAAAUGAACGGCAAAGCCCUGCUGCUGCUCACCAAGGAGGACUUCCGCUACCGAUCCCCCCACUCCGGGGACGUCCUGUAUGAACUGCUGCAGCACAUCCUGAAGCAGAGGAAGCCCCAUGUGUUUUACCCGUCUGCCUACUUCCCUGGGAACUCCUUCCACUCGCUGCCUGAGAGCGCGGUGCAGCACCUGAAGCUUGAAGAAACGGUACGGCGGGCCCCACGUGGUACAGAGCCACUCCCCCAGCAUCCACCAACCAUCGAGCUGCGGCACCGCUCCCGCUCCCCCCACCAUCCGACCACCAGACGAUCCCCUCCGGAGCCCAACCACCCCCGCGUAGCCAAUGAAGACCACCUCCAGACCUUCUCCCAGCUGCCAGACAGCAACCACCACAUGCCCGAGGAAAUGUACCCUCUGUCGGUGUCCCCAGCCGCACCCAACGGCCGCUGCGCAACGCCGCGAGAAGCCCCCUGCCCGGGCAGCCCUGGGAGCCAGGAGGCGGGACCUCCUCGCGUCAUCCAGCUCAUGCCCAGCGCCAUCAUGAAUCCCCUGCUCCUCAGUCCGAGCAGGGGCGGCGGGGGUGCCGCCAUGGACUUCAGGCACAGCCGAGUUGGACCCCCGUCUCAGGCAACGCUCGAGAAUGGGCGUGAGGGGAAGGUUCAGGGACACCACCAUCAGAUACCACUGUCCCAGCAUCAGCAGCAACAGCAGCAGCAUCUCCUGCAGCAGCAGCAGCAGCAGCAGCAGCAGGAGGAGGCACUCUACAGGAACCACGUCAUCAUGCCCGUGUCUCCUCCAGAAGAGCAGCAAAUGCCCAUCGGACGGAUAGCAGACUGCAGGCUGCUGUGGGACUACGUCUACCAGCUCCUGUCAGACAGCAGGUACGAGAACUACAUCCGCUGGGAGGAUACAGAGACCAAAGUCUUCCGCAUCAUGGACCCCAACGGCCUGGCCAGGCUCUGGGGUAAUCACAAGAACAGGACCAAUAUGACGUACGAGAAGAUGUCGCGAGCACUGAGACACUACUACAAACUGAACAUUAUCAGGAAAGAGCCUGGGCAAAGACUUCUAUUCAGGUUCAUGAAAACUCCCGACGAGAUAAUGAACGGACAGACGGACCGGCUGGAGCACCUGGAGUCGGACACAGACGAACAAAUCUACAUCAAAGAGGAAUGCUGAGGAACUCUGGGAAAAACGAGUCCAUGAACUACUUACUUCUACUACUACAGCCGCUGAUGCCUUUCAGAAGCAGCCUGAACAAUCAACGUUAAAAUCUGGAGCGCGGGGACAUUCGUCUGUAUCAGUCCCACACAGACAGACACGAACUCUCUCCUUAAGAUUGCCUUAGGAUGACGUUUUCCUAAAGUCAAAAGAAAAAAACAGCAUCAGUUGUUGUGAUUUUCCCAACGGAGAGCUGAAAAGACUUUCUGAGUGUUCCCUUUUAUUUCUGAAUGAACUGCAAAAGCCAAUCACUUUGUGCUUAUGUCACUUUGAUGAUUUUAUUGUCUCCUCACAUGCAUUAUACUAUGGAAUUUUGCUGUUUGUAAAAAGAAAAUUGGGUGUGUGCGUGUGUGACAGGAAUGUUUUCACCAUGGAAUAAACGUUUUUGAUCAAACUG